AUGGAUAUCAGCCACGAGAGUACGGCCAAGGCUGCAACUGUGUCCGAGGAUCAAGAACCUUUCAAGCAUCAGCUCCUCAGAGAACGUGGACGUUCGAACAGCCCAGUGGUGGUCUACGAUUGUGACCAGAAGACUGUGCAAGUACGGAGUAAGAAGAAUGUUGAAUCGGAAGACAACUAUCAAAAAGUUAAACUUCCCGCAAGGAGCAAACAGGUCACACUUUUCGUCGACGAAGAAACACAAUCGAAGCUGACGACUCGGAGUACGGGGCAUGAUGGUCAGAGCAACGUUUUGCUUGCGCAACUGUACCUCGAUCGUUUGGGCCUCUAUGGCCAGAUCUUCCGCUUCUUAGGUCUGCUAUCGACUCUGUAUGUGAUGAAUGCAGGACCGUUAAGUGAGACAUCAUCUCAGACUAUUGUUUGA